ACAUGGCUUCCUCUGUUCAAUUUUGUGCCCUCUUCUCAACCCUACUCUUAAUCUUCACAUCUGCCACCUUUGCUCAACAAUCCUUCAGACCCAAAGCCCUCGUCGUUCCGGUCACAAAAGACGCUUCUACCCUCCAAUACACCACUCGUAUUGCUCAACGAACCCCUCUCGUCCCCAUCAGCCUUGUCCUCGACCUCGGCGGCCAGUUCCUCUGGGUAGACUGCGAGCAAAACUACGUGUCCUCCACGUACCGCCCGGCACGUUGCCGCUCCGCCCAAUGCUCACUCGCAGGAGCCAGCGGCUGUGGCGACUGUUUCUCAUCCCCCAAACCUGGCUGCAACAACAACACAUGCGGCGUCACACCUGACAACACCGUCACACGCACCGCCACCGGCGGUGAACUCGCCCAAGACGUGGUUUCUGUCCAGUCAACGACCGGGUCAAACCCCGGCCAAAACGUUACCGUUUCAAACUUCCUCUUCGCUUGUGCACCGACGUCGCUUUUAAGCGGCCUCGCUGCCGGAGUUUCCGGCAUGGCCGGUCUAGGAAGGACUAAAAUAGCCCUCUCUUCGCAAUUUGCUUCGGCUUUCAGCUUCAAAAGAAAGUUCGCCGUCUGCUUAUCCUCCUCCACCUCCGCAAAUGGAGUCGCUUUCUUCGGUGACGGGCCGUACUCUCUCCUCCCAGGAAUCGACGUUUCCCAGUCCCUCACAUACAGCCCUCUCUUCAUCAACCCCGUUAGCACCGCCUCGGCUUUCUCCCAGGGCGACGCCUCCUCGGAAUACUUCAUCGGCGUGAAUUCAAUCAAAGUCAACGACAAAGCCCUCGAUAUUAACACCACCUUGCUCUCCAUCAACAACUCCUCCGGCGUGGGCGGGACCAAGAUCAGCACCGUGAAUCCCUACACUGUUCUAGAAGCUUCCAUUUUCAAAGCCGUAACUGAAGCAUUCGUAACCGAGUCCGCGGCUAGGAAUAUCUCUAGAGUAGCUGCUGUGGCUCCCUUCGAGGUGUGUUUCAGCACGGAGAACGUGUUGAGCACGCGCCUGGGGCCGUCGGUACCAGAGAUCGACCUGGUGCUGCAGAAUGAGAGCACGUACUGGAGAAUGUUCGGGGCCAACUCAAUGGUGUACGUAAGCGACGACGUUUUGUGCCUAGGGUUUGUGAACGGCGGAGAGAAUGCGAUGACUUCGAUUGUGAUCGGCGGGCACCAGUUGGAGGACAAUCUUGUGCAGUUUGAUUUGGCAGCUUCGAGGGUUGGGUUCAGCUCGACUUUGUUGGGGAGGCAAACUACUUGUUCCAACUUCAACUUCACCUCCGUUGCCUAGAUAAUGUUUUACUGAUCUCUAUACAUAUAUACAUGCAUGUUGAAUAAGUAUACACUAUAUGUGUAUAGUGUUAAUAAUUGGCCAAUAGUGAUUGACAAAUAGUUGGCCCCUAUACAUUUCUUUUUUUUUUGAAACGACCCCUAUACAUUUCUUUUGUUUGUAUUGAUCUUGUAUCAUAUACAUUUAUAGGUAAAGAAAACUGUUACUUUCUCUAUAGAGAAUUAA